GAAGUGUGCAUCAACAUGACAGCGGCUAAAUUGAUUCUCUUCUAUGCUGUGGUGGCUGUGGUGGCAGCCAGCUGCUCAGCUGGCCUAUUGAAUCAGCAUAUUUCCACUAUAACAGCCAAGUAUUACUCCAAAAUGUCGACCAAGGAGAGUUAUCGAUUCGAAGUGAAGGAGCCAAAUGGCAAUUCGCGCGAGGAAGUCGGAAUUAUAAUGAAUCCAGGCACACCCGAUGAACAGUUGGUUGUGAUGGGCAGCUAUUCCACAUACGAUGAGAAAACUGAUACGGAAACUAUUACCAUAUACACAGCCGAUAAGGGCGGCUACAAAGCACACGUUGAACAAAAGAAGCGAGGCCUGAUGAGAAGGACUCUCAAAUCUCUCGUAAAUGGCUAA